CUCUUUCCUUUUUCUUUAAUAUUUUUUUCCUGCUCUUCCUACGAAACAACGGCGCAAAGCGCAAACAAUAUUCCCUCUCUCUCUCUCCAAAAAAAUCCUUCCUUUUUAAUUUUAUUUUGGUCCAAAUUUGAAAACACAUAAAGAAAAGAGAGGAAGAGAUUUAUGGGUUUUUGUUUUUAAUUUUUCUUUUCUUUGUUGCUAUAAAGGGAGCUGAAGACUGGGAAAACAAGAGAGGGAGACAUAGAGAGAGAGAGAGAGAGAGAGAGAGAGAGAGAGAGAGAGGCAACCUGGUUUUUGGUUUUGUGCUUUCCACCGAAUCACACACCGCCUUCUCAACUCUCAAGCUCAAGUUUUUAGUGCCCACCAGCGGUUUACACGGCGCGAGGUGGCCGGUUUAGUGUUUCAGAAAACUGGGUUUAAUUGUUUUAUAAAACUUUUUCACUUGCAAAAAAUAAAAUCUUUCUUCUUCUUGGGUUUGCAAUUUUUAUUGGGAUUUGUCACUGGGUUUUUUUCUCCGUUGGGGAGGAGGCUUGUAGCUGCUGCUAGCUGCUUGUUAUUACUAUAAAUGGGCAGCGGGAGAUUUUGGUGUCUCUGUGUGUUUGUCUUUUUAUGAGAUUGCGUCGUUGCUGAAGGCUGGGAAGGUGCUCUCCUGCAUGUGCUAUAAGGCUAAGAUCUGUAGGUGGUUCAAUUGGAAUCUGGGUUUUGGCGACGCUUGGCGAUACAGGAAAUGGAAAUUAGAGGUUGUGGUUUUAUGAUUGUAGUCCAAGGCCAAUUUAGUUCAAAACGUUGAUCUGUCUUUACUGAUACAUGGAUUGAAGAAGCAGUUGUUUGGAUGCAAUGUUAAAAGCAUUAGCAUCUGGGCUAUCAAUUUUGUUGCUCCUCGUUUGUGUUUCCGCCUCUGAUAACGGAUUUCCACGGUGCAAUUGUGACGAUGAUAACAGCUUGUGGAGCAUUGAGAGCAUACUAGAAUGUCAGCGAGUGAGCGAUUUCUUAAUUGCCGUGGCCUACUUUUCCAUCCCCAUUGAGCUGCUUUACUUUGUCAGCUGCUCAAAUGUGCCUUUCAAAUGGGUCCUCUUUGAGUUCAUUGCCUUCAUUGUGCUAUGUGGAUUGACACAUUUACUCAAUGGCUGGACUUAUGGCCCUCACCCGUUCCAGCUUAUGCUGGCUCUCACAGUUUUCAAAAUUCUUACUGCUCUGGUCUCUUGUGCCACUGCAAUAACACUCAUCACUCUCAUCCCUUUGCUUCUCAAAGUGAAAGUGAGGGAGUUUAUGUUGAAGAAGAAGACUCGGGAUCUUGGGAGAGAGGUUGGAAUUAUAAUGAGACAGAAAGAAGCUGGAAUGCAUGUUCGGAUGCUUACCCAAGAGAUUCGCAAGUCGCUUGAUAGGCAUACAAUUCUGUCAACAACACUUUUUGAGCUAUCUGAGACAUUGGGUUUGCAGUACUGUGCAGUUUGGAUGCCUAAUGAAAAUAAAACAGAGAUGAUCCUGAUCCAUGAGUUGAAAGGGAGGAAUUAUUCUCAUAUGUACAACUUUUCUAUUCCGAUAAAUGAUUCAGAUGUUGUACAUAUCAAGGGGAGUGAUGGGGUGAACAUCCUUAGGCCUGACUCAGCACUUGUUCAUGCCAGUGAUGACUCAGGUGAGCCGGGACCAGUAGCUGCAAUUCGGAUGCCAAUGCUUCGGGUUUCCAAUUUCAAAGGAGGAACUCCAGAGUUGAUCCAGACUUGUUAUGCGAUAUUGGUUUUGGUCCUUCCUGGUGGACAUCCUAGAUCUUGGAGCAGCCAGGACCUUGAGAUAAUUAAGGUAGUUGCUGAUCAAGUGGCCGUUGCUUUAUCCCAUGCUGCAGUCCUUGAAGAGUCACAACUCAUGAGGGAGAAGUUGGCCGAGCAAAAUCGAGCCCUGCAACAGGCAAAGAUGAAUGCUAUGAUGGCAAGCCACGCAAGAAACUCAUUCCAAAAGGUAAUGAGUGAUGGGAUGAGGAGGCCAAUGCACUCAAUUUUGGGAUUGCUUUCAAUGAUGCAGGAUGAGAAUUUGAAUAAUGAUCAACGAGUUAUUAUUGAUGCAAUGGUGAGGACGAGCAAUGUCCUAUCAACCUUGAUAAAUGAUGUGAUGGAUAAUUCUGCAAAGGAUAGUGGAAGAUUUCCAUUGGAGAUGAGAUCUUUUCGGUUACAUGCAUUGAUAAAGGAAGCAGCUUGCCUUGCCAAAUGCUUGUGUGUGUACAAGGGCUUUGGAUUUGCAAUUGAUGUGGAGAAGUCCUUACCUGAUCAUGUCAUGGGGGAUGAAAGAAGGGUGUUUCAGGUGAUUUUGCAUAUGGUGGGAAGCCUGUUAAAUGGAUAUAAGGGGGGAGGGUUGGUCGCAUUUCGGGUUGCUUCGGAUAAUGGAAGUCAGGGAAGGAAUGAUCAAAGAUGGGCAGCCUGGAGACAUAACUCAUCUGAUGGUGAUGUAUAUAUUAGAUUUGAGAUUGCGAUGACCAAUAGUGGUUCUCAGUCAGAGGGCACUAUUCCAGCGGUGCAGCUUGUUGGUAGGAGAUACGUCAGUGAGGGAAUAGAUGAGGGCUUGAGCUUCACCAUUUGCAAAAAGCUAGUGCAGUUGAUGCAAGGAAAUAUAUGGGCAGUCCCUAACCCUCAAGGAUUUGCUCAAAGCAUGGCACUCGUUCUUCGGUUUCAACUUCGACCAUCCGUUGCAAUAGCCAUCUCUGAACCUGGAGAAUCAUCAGAGCACCCACAUUCGAAUUCUAUUUUCAGGGGCUUGCAAGUUUUAUUAACUGAUGAUGAUGAUGUAAACAGGGCUGUGACGCGGAGACUGCUUGAGAAGCUAGGCUGCAUUGUAACUUCUGUUUCAUCUGGAUUAGAAUGCCUUUCUACUAUUGGUCCUGCCGGAACCUCUAUCCAAAUUGUUUUUCUGGAUCUUCACAUGCCCGAGUUGGAUGGUUUUGAAGUUGCAUUGAGAAUUAGAAAAUUUCGAAGCCGAACGUGGCCAUUGAUUAUUGGCGUAACCGCUAGUGCCGAUGAAGAUGUUUGGGAUCGAUGUAUGCAGAGUGGCAUCAACGGAGUUAUCCGAAAACCAGUGUUGUUGCAAGGGAUUGCCAAUGAGCUACGACGAGUCUUGCAGCAGGCAAACAACGGGAUGACAUAAGCUGUAAUUUGCUUCCAAGUAGCAAGCUCCACAACAUUCUCAGUCAGACUGGUUUACAAGAUUAGCAGUUCCUUUUUCUCUCUUGUGCGGUUGAGCUUGUUAUAGUUACAUAGAUAGUUUCAGAUUUGAUCACAGGUAAUGGAAACUGUCUUCAAGACAUCCUUCUAUAUUAAAAGAACACAAAAAUUCCAAAGGAAAGUUUGUUGGAAAAUCAUAUACUGUAGAGCAAUAAGAAAUAUCUGCAGAAAUUGAGUAGAGUUGAGUUACUAUUUGGCAA